AACACGAAUAACUGAAUAAGUUAGUUCGUCAUAGGAACGAAAUAAUACAAUGUUUAUAUGAAAAAUUGCCAAAUGACUUCACUACUGUAGGUUUGUUAUGUCGUCGUUUAUAUAGAAAGACGUCUUCAGCUUCACUUGGACAAAAGAACUUGCUCACAGGUUGAACAUUCCAAAACCAGGAUUUCAUCAUGCCCAGCGAGUCCCAGAAGAGAUGCGUCAGCCCCUGGCAACUCUGGUUGAAACUCUGCCGAUGGUACAAUCACAAGAUGUCGCAGUUUUUCGCGGCAUUGUCCGAGGUUAUUGCCACGCAUCCGUUGAUAACCAUUGCAAUAGCUGUUGUGUUUCUGGGUGUUUUCGUUUCCGGGGUUGCCUUCUUGAAAACUGAGAAUAGAACAGAGAAGUUAUACGUGCCUCAAAACAGCAAGUCGAUUAAGAAUUUGAAGAAAGCUGGAGAUUACGGAUUCUAUCGCCCAACAAGACGUGCUGAGAUUAUAAUAGUUCAAAGCGGUGGGAAUGUCUUAAAAGAAGCUUGCUUUCGAGAUCUACGGAAGCUUCACCGUGUUGUGACAGCAAUCCCAGGUUACAAAGAGGUUUGUUUACCACAACUUAAAACUGAUCCUUUGGCAAGCAUGAGCCAUUGCGUGCGAGAGGAGCCCCUUUGGAUGUUUGGUAACGCCUCAAAUUUCAGCAACAUUAUACCAACGUUGAACAAAUUUUUACCAACAAAUAAAGAACUAUUUCUGCGAAUCUUUGGCAAGGGAAGUUAUGACAGCAGCGGGCGAAUCACCUCAGCGCAAGCGAUGAGGAUCGUGUAUCAUAUGAAAGGCGUGGAUCUCGACGAGGAAGUCACCAGCGAAACAGCCGAUUGGGAGAAAGAAUUCCUAAAGAAAAUGGAAGAUUUUGAUGGCACUUUGGAGUGCAAAUCCCUGGUGUUCACAGCAGCACGGAGUUUAGACGAUGCGAUCAAUAAAAGCACUGGUUCCGAUCUAAAAUUCAUCACAUUGACCUUCGUGUUAAUGCUAACCUUUGCGUGUAUGAUGUUGGGAAAAUAUCGUAACCCGCUAACAGGACAUGGGUUGCUCGCCAUGAGCGGGAUUACUUGCGUUGGGUUUGGGAUUGCGGCCGGGUUUGGUUUGUCCAUGCUUUCUCAAAUACCUUUUGUAAGCAUCGCUGGGAUUCUACCUUUCCUCAUUGUUGGUGUUGGCAUUGAUGAUAUGUUUAUAAUCGUUGACGAACUGGACCGAGCACAUCCCGACCAGAGCAUCCCAAAACGUCUUGCCACGGUCAUGCGCACUGUUGGGCCAGCUAUCACCAUGACAACGAUGACGGACCUGGUUGCAUUCGCCAUUGGAACGACGUCUAAAUUCAAUGCCAUAGUCUACUUUUGCACGUAUGCCGCGGUAACAAUAACCUUGGCGUUUUUAUUUCUCGUCACGAUUUUUGUCGCUUUUAUGUCGUACGAUUGUCGCCGUAUGAACGCAGGUCGCAGAGAUAUGGUCCCCUUUCUGAAAGCCCCCCCUCCUCGCGCUGGAGAGCCACGUUGGGAUGAACCCCUGCCCCAAACGUCAAAUAAAGUAAUGGAGCUUUGGGCGAAAUUCUUAAUGAAAACUCCCACAAAGAUAUUCAUCGUCUUCCUCUCGAUGGGGUUGCUUGCUGUUGGUAUUUACGGUACGACAUUCGUGAACGAGGAAUUUGACCGUCGAGAUUUAGCUAAAGAUGGUUCGAUGUUUAUCAAGUAUUUAGAUGCUGAUGAAGAUUAUUUCAUGGCUGACAUACGCGUGGACCUCAUCAUAGAGAAUGUGAACUAUUCUGAUCCAAGCAUUCAGCGGAAGAUGAAUGAUCUAAGUCAGAUCGUGGCGAACAACAAGUUUUACCGUCCCAAUGUGACGUCGUGGUUUGCAGAACUGCAGAAAUGGUAUAAUUCACAAAACACCACAUUAUUAGGCUCGCUGGAAAUGUUCUUGAAAAAUCAGUCGCGUUUUAGGAAAGAUAUCAUGUUCUCAGAAGACAACUCGACCAUAACCGUCUCAAGACUCUACUGCUUUCUCAAAUCAACGUCGAGCUCUGUGGAACUACGUGAUGCCAUGACAAGCCUGCGUGAUGAUCUCAAAGAUAAAUCCACCUUGCCCGUGUUUGCUAAUGCCUACGUGUUCAUAUUUAUCGAGCAGUUCAUAUCGACGCUACCAGAGACCAUUUAUAAUCUGUCCCUCGCUUCUGGCGCCAUUUGCGUUGUCACUAGUUUGUUUCUUGUCAAUCCUCUUGUGAUUCUGCUCGUCUUGUUAGGUUUCGUCUCACUUAUAUUUGAAUUACUCGGUUUAAUGUAUAUUUGGGGUGUAUCUUUGAAUUCAAUUUCAAUGAUCAAUCUUGUUAUGGCGAUUGGUUUUGCUGUUGACUACAGUGCUCAUGUUGCUCAUUAUUUUGUCUUCUCUGCUGAGGAAACUCCCGAAGACAAAGCCAUUCAUGCCUUGAAAAAUGCUGGAGCAAGCGUUAUUAUGGGAGGUUUCAGUACCUUUCUCGGAAUGAUAGUUACGGCAUUUGCCUCAUCUGCGGUUUUCAGAAUAUUCUUUAAAAUGUUUUUUGGAAUUGUUGUUCUUGGCUUGAUUCAUGGACUUUGUUUCUUGCCCGUGUGGCUGACGAUCUUCUGUCGUCGCCAUGUCGUUGUACGACCUGAUUCGUGUGUUGAUUCAAGCCCUGAUGGUCUUCCUGUCACGAAGAGUCGUAGUACCAUAGAUACCCAAGAUCAUGACAUUGUCGUUGAAAAUCCGGCCUUGUCGAACGGAUUGUCCGAUAAUGUGAAUUCGGAUAAACGCAAAAGCCCUACCGGGAUGUCGGAAGGACUUCCUGAAGAUGUGGAUUUAGAUGUCAUCAAAAAUCCUGCUGUAUCUGAGGACGUGAAUUCAGAUGAAGUGAAACAAUCAUCGGGCUCAGAAGAUCUGAAGUCAUCUCAGGAGUCGAUUAAGAAGAAUCUGAUUAAAGAGAGAAAUUCUGUCACUGGGCACGAAUCUGGUGACAAUUUUCAGUCUGAUUUGAGUCAAGACGCCAAACUCAACUCAACACCACGUGAAACAAAGUUCUGAGUCAUCCAUUUUUUAGAGUGGCAUAGCAUUAGAUCGAGGCAAUAUGUAAUAGAUAUUGUAAUGUAUUUAAUAUAAUAUAAUAUGUAAUACAAAGUAAAUAUUCAUGGUGAGGCCGUGAGGGUAUAAAAUAUUUUUUAGUGGGAGCUAUUAAAGUGAAAAAUAAAA